AUGGCGGCGGAGAAGGGGGAGAAGGCGGCGGAGGAGGGAGAGAUGGGAGUGAAGGCCGCGGAGGAGGAGAAGGGAGCGGCAGCAAAGGGGAAGGGAGAGAAGGGUGCGACUACCGCGGAUGCGGAGAAGGGAGCGACGGCGGAGAAGGGCGAGAAGGGUGCGCCAUCCACGGAUGAGGAGAAGGGAGCUACGGCGGAGAGGAAGGGAAAGAAGAGAGAAACGGCCGCGGAUGAGAAGGAAGGAGCAGGGGGCGACGGCUGCGGCGUCGGAGGCGUCCGGCGAAGAGGCAGUCUUUUCCUUCAGCGCCGCCCCGCCGCCGCCGCCGCCGCCGCCGGGAAGGGGAAGACGAUCACCCUGGUGAGCUCGGAGGGGAAGCCGUUCAAGGUGUCGGAGGAGGCGGCGCGGCUGUCGACGGUCCUCGCCGACAUGAUCGACAACGGCUGCGCCGGCGGCAACAUCCCGCUACCCAACGUCACCGCCAGGGCCCUCGUCACGGUGAUCAAGUACUGCGACAAGCACGCCGCCGCCGCCGCCGCCAAGCCCGACUCCGACCACUGCGCCGCGGAGGGCAGCAGCACCACCACCAGCGUUACCGCGGCAUCCGAGAAGACGCUGGCUGAGUGGGACAGCAAGCUCGUCGACAAGCUCACCCUGGACGCCCUCUACGACCUCCUCCUCGCCUCCAACUUCCUCGACAUCAAGGGGCUCCUCGGUGCCGCCAGCCAGAAGGUCGCCGACAUCAUCAAGAGCAAGACACCGGCGCAGGUCCGCACGAUCUUCGGCAUCACCAACGACUUCACCCCGGAGGAGGAGGAGGAGGAGGUCCGCAAGGAGAACCCCUGGGCUUUCGAGGACGAGGAGCCUUGAUUCGAAGCCAUUGCUGCGUCAACAUCUCACUGGAUGUGCCGACGAACCGAUCUAGCAGUUCAGUUCUACUGCGGUAGUGCCUCCUUUCUGAAUUCUGACUGAUGUUCUAGUGCUUGCUUUGUACUCGCAUUGUGCUGGAUCGAUAGGUUCAGAUGGACUCUGCAGAGCCUGUUCGUUUCCUCCUGUCGAAGAACAGAAUCGAAUGUGUGGUGGUGGAAGUGUGACUUGCCUGCCAUUUCUGAUCAAUCACCUAAAUUGCUUUAUCUCUGUUGCAUAUGUUCUAGUACUAUCUUGAUUGGAGGUGUCUAAUGUUUAUGAGAGCACUCUUGAUCUGCUUGCAUGAGCUGAAAUACGACCCUGAAAUGCUUGUCACAUAUGUUUCAGUACAUGCAAAAUGGUGGUAGCAUGGAAAUGUAGCGAGUUUUAUCCUAAUUAA